AUGUCAGAGAUUCAAAAGCAUCGCGGUGCCAUACAAGCCAUCACACGUACACCUUUCCAACUACCCCAUAUCAAAGAAUGUGAUUUUGACAAACAAAAGGUUACUAGACAACUCACUAAUCCCGUGACCAACCAAUCUACACCAUUCACCGAGAAAUACUUUAAAUGUGUCUUUCCAAUCCCCGAUAACCAUGUUCACGGGAACUCUGUCAUUGAAGUACUCGCCUAUAAGAGUCCUCUCAACCUCGUACAAAAUAUCCAGACUCCUGGUCGCAGCUGGUCACUAUCAUCACUCUUUACAAAAAAAAAGAAAAACAACAAAAACAAACCAUUUAAAAAGUUUCUCCUUGUCACCAACAUUAACCUCAUAGAAGCCAAUACUGGUAGAGUACACAAAGUGUUUGAAGUACCCGAAAGUAUUAUUAAUUCAAUGGUCAAUGAUGAACAUGAAGAUAAUCCACAGCAACAACAAAAGGGAGCAACCUACAUACCUCAAUCAGGAAUCAACCGUCCUGAAACUUCAGAUUAUUUUGACACUAAACAAGUCAAAGAAGCUGAUAUUGUAAAGGAGAAGAAAUAUAAAUAA